GCCGAAAUAAAUACAGUAUGAAACUGACACAGAAGCUGCUCCAACAAAAUUUCAUGUUUAUUGCAUGCUUCCAAGGCAAAAUCAGUACACGUACCCGCUGUAGCACCCUGUAAAAUUUCUCGGAUCAACCUCGUAGAUGUUCUCCUGGUACCGCCCACUGUCCAUUGAACUGUGCUUUGAGCUGUCUGCUAAAUUGUGCUGGGUCUUAUGUGUUUUGUCGUUUUGUGGCUGUGAAAGACAUGAGCCAUGGAAAAUAUUAAAUAUUAAAUGUGUUUGAUGUUUUUUCUUGGGUAAAAGAUGUUUUGUGUGUAAAAGGAGACGCAUAAAUAUUUUGUCCCCAGCAUGUGUCGUUUGGUGUUGUUUGAAAAUGUUUUUCCACGAAGAUUGUUGUUGAUAAUUCCGGACUAAUUACGGCAUAAGUGUAAUUUCAUUAUUUUCGGUUUAGCGAAAACGUGUAAAAUGGUAGACAGAAAUGAGAAGUGUUUGAGUGAAUUACUGCAUUUACCAGGAAAUAGUGUUUGUGCCGAUUGUGGAGUCAGAAAUCCAGAAUGGGCAUCAUACAAUAUAGGCAUAUUCAUAUGUACCCGCUGCUCUGGGGUCCAUCGCAGUAUGGGUGUACAUAUCAGUAAAGUUAAGCAUUUGAAAUUGGAUAGAUGGGAAGAUUCACAAGUGGAACGAAUGAAGGAAGUGGGAAACAUUAAGGCAAAAAUGAAGUAUGAAGAAAGAGUACCUCCAUGCUAUAGAAGACCAAAAGAAGGAGAUCCACAAGUACUCAUCGAACAAUGGAUUCGCGCAAAGUACGAGCGAGAAGAGUUCUGUCACCCUGCCAGACAAGUGUAUACCAGUGGAUAUAUGCAAGGAUUUCUGAUGAAACGUGGGAAAGAAGAUAGCAAAUAUCAAGCAAGGAAGUUUGUACUUUCAGAGACUGAUGACACCCUCAAAUACUUUGUCAGAGAGAACAAGGAGCCCAAGGCUAUAUUGAGGAUAUCUGAAUUGAACGUUGUUUUUGCACCAGAUAAGAUUGGGUAUCCAAAUUCACUACAACUUACCUUUCUAAAAGAUGGUUCAACUCGACACAUAUAUGUUUAUCAUGAUGAAGGAGAAGUUAUAACAAACUGGUAUAUGGCUGUGCGAUGUGCAAAGCUACAUAGGUUACAGGUGGCAUAUCCUUCAGCCAGUGAAAGUGAACUUGUACAUCAUCUUACUGAAGACUUUGCUAAAGAAGGUUGGUUAUGGAAGACUGGUCCACGGUUAAGUGAUGGUUUUAGAAAAAGAUGGUUCACUUUGGAUAAUAGGAAGUUGAUGUACCAUGAUGAACCAUUGGAUGCUAAUCCUAAAGGAGAAAUUUUUGUAGGUGGCAGACAAAUGUCUGAAAGUCCCGCAACUUGCUGAGAUUGCGCGAAGUUAUCAUUCCUAAUUUAGGACGGGACCACGCAAAACCAGCAUAGCCCACGACCGCCUGGGGUAGAUAUUCCUGUUACCAAAAAAGAACGUCCAGCCCUCCUUAGAAAUGUGAUACAAAAAAAACAAACAUACGAUCUGCCUCCUGGAAGACAGAUAAUUCAAAUAUAUUGUCAUUGUGCUGAAGAAGAUCACCUUUGUGAUUGAAACGUUUACUACAGAAAAGAACAUAUACAUGUGGUUUUAUUGGCCAGACAAGCAUGGGGGAUUAUCUACCGAAUAGCCUACGUAGACGAUGUCUCAGUACUGCUUAACGGCAGAUUCAAAUGCAUCAUUUAUGAACGUCCGCAACGAGCCCUUCGGAUUAUACAGGAAAGAGGAUUAAAGAGAGCACAAAUAUCUUAUGAGCAAUUCCGAAGUAUUAUCGGCAAAACAUUGAGAUCCAAAGUUGCUAUGUGGAUAUAUAUCGCCAUAAUCAGACCAAUAUUGACCUAUGCAGCUGAGCUUUGGUCACCAAAUGUUAACAGACAACCAUAAAACUACUGCUAAGCCAGAUACAGUGGUCUGCAUGCCUUAGCAUAACUGGUCAAAUGCGACCAACACCAGCGAUAGCAAUGGAAGUGAUGUUGAACUUUAUCUGGAACAAGUGGUUCUGGCAACAAUGGUAAGCCUCAAAUCAGUUGGGAAGCAGAUCAAGGAAUGUGUCAUUAACAUCUCAAAAAAUGAUGGAGAUAGCUGUAUACUCCAGAAGCCUCCUUAUGAAUUGCAAGUGGUCUAAUCCUGUCAGCGUGACGCAGUUCGAAUUAGCUUCCAUAACCUUAGCUGCAAAGAAAAUUGCGCGCAAGAAUGUUACAGUCAAAAAUAUUAGGCAGUACUGACUCUCAGUUGUUCCAAGCUUACGAGAGCAAUAGGCUGCCAUUUCGCAUUUGUGAAUGCCUCAACCAGUAACAACAUAACUAUUGCCUGGGUGAAGGGUCAUUCACAGUCCAAUGGUUAUAUGAUAGCUGAUAGACUGGUAAAAAGGGGUGCUGCUACCAGAAUUCUAAUCCCAGAGCCCCUCUGCAUUUUAUCCAUCAGAGUCCUAACAACUAUGCUAAAAGAGCACACUCACAAAGUCUUCAAGAAUAUGAAGGAUGUUACGUCAGACUGCUCAUUUGCUAAAGAAUACCUUAGCUGUUCUAAUGAGUUAGUUGCAAAACACUACCUGUCUAUGCCCAGACAACAGUUUGCCACAGGUUUUGCGACUGGACACUGUCAGGAAACAUCUCUGUGACAUUAGAUUGAGACAUUCUUAUGUAGAGGUUUGGAACAGGAAGAUGAGACAGUCAACCACUUGCUUUGUCCUAUCAAUCCGAGAAUCCACUCUGGGGGUGCGCUGGCCUCUAUGGCUAGCGUAAGGGAAACUCCACUGACUCACAUAACCUUUUUCAACAGUUUGGGGUGGCUGACGAUCCAGCCUCCAGAGACCCCUGGGGCUGGGGCGGACGUACAAGAGGCCCAGCCUAAGUGCUGUGGCCUUGUCUUCCUCUAACACAGAAUAGGAACGUUAAGUGUGAGGCCCUUUUAGCGUGUCCGCAUUGACUUAGUGUCGAUCACACGUUACACUAUCGCUCCAAAUGGCAUGGUGUUAUGAUGAAACGAUUGUGAAUGAAGACCUAACUUGGCGGUCAUGAUGUCGAGCCUCAGUUUGUUCGUAGGAACGGCCCUACCAGCGUGUCAUCAGCGCCGCGUACUUUGUGUUCGUAUACCAUUAGAAAAUUUGUUCAGUUCUUAAGGAUUUUAGCCUCUUUAUGAAAUGUAUCUUAGCUCCAAGUGACGUUUACAAAGUGUCAAUCUGAUGAUGCUUCAGUGCAUUUCAUUUUUUCUGUGACAUGUUGUGUGGAACACUCAGUCAUAGUGAUCUUAAAUUUUCUGUACCUAUAGGCCACGCUUUAGAUGGUUAC